AUGGAUCAUGCGGGUGAAACAGGAGCUACCUCGAGCCGGGUGCGCAUCGAGGACUAUCAGCAGAUGAGCAGCUCGCUACAGAAUUUGGCCAGCGAUCAACCGGACCAUCACGCCAGAAGAAGUAUGAUUUCGAUUCAGGAAGAGCUGGGCCAGCUGGGGUUAAACACUGAUCAGCAACAGCAGCAACCGGCUCCACCCUACCCACAGCUUGUGCCUGGCACCGAGUACCAUCCGGCCGGAGCCAACACAGACAGCAGCCCGGAUUACGUGCAGCACCAUCAGUUCCGGAACCAUCACCAUCUGGGUGAGAUGUGUCCGACGGGUUGGACCCAAUUACAGGUGCCGGUGGGUGUGGUAGGAGUUGCCGGAGAUCCUUGUGUCGGACCGGCUGGCGGUGUUGUCGGAGUCGGCAUGUCCACCAAACCGAACCCGGCCGGCUUUCUUGAAGGGUUGUUCGGGUGUAUGCGGCCGGUUUUGUCGCUGAUCGGCAAGAACCACAUCAUAGACAUGAAGAGCAAACAGACUGAGGAUUGGGAGAUCCCGUUCGAGACGAUCACCGAUAUGGUGUGGCUGGGUAGUGGUGCCCAAGGUGCCGUGUUCUGUGGCAAACUACGCAACGAGCUGGUUGCAGUGAAGAAGGUCCGCGAGCCGAAGGAAACCGACAUCAGACAUCUGCGCAAACUGGACCACGAGAACAUCGUCAAGUUCAAGGGAGUUUGCACCCAAGCGCCAACAUUCUGCAUCAUCAUGGAGUUCUGCCCGUACGGUCCCCUCCACAAACUGCUGCAGGACAACAGAGGAAUCAUACCGCCCCAACAGCUCGUCUCCUGGUCGCAGCAGAUCGCCCUCGGCAUGCAGUACCUUCACUCGCACAAGAUCAUCCACCGAGAUCUCAAGAGCCCCAACAUCCUGAUCGGCGAAAACGAAGUGAUCAAGAUCAGUGACUUUGGAACGUCGCGUGAAUGGAACGAGAUCAGCACGAAGAUGAGUUUCGCUGGAACGGUGGCGUGGAUGGCUCCGGAGGUGAUCCGGAACGAACCGUGUAACGAGAAGGUCGACAUUUGGUCGUACGGCGUCGUCCUGUGGGAGCUACUGACCGGAGAGGUCCCGUAUCGGAACGUCGACUCGUCGCAGAUCAUCUUUGGUGUUGGCAACAACUCACUCUACCUGCCGAUACCCGAGUCCUGUCCGGAAGGGUUCAAGCUGCUGCUCAAACAGUGCUGGAGUGCGAAACCGCGCAAUCGGCCGUCGUUCAAGAUCAUCCUGAAUUACCUAGACAUCGCGGGACAAGAAUGGUUGCAUUCGUGCGAGAAGGAGCAACUCCCCGUGGCGCAGGAGUCGUGGCGGGAGGAGAUACGCAGCCACAUGCAGAAGCUAGCGAGCAACGGGAUAAACAUCCAGAAGUACGAACAGGAUCUGAUACAGAAGCGCAUGGACGAAUGGAAGCACGCGCAGGACAUUCGGCUGGCAUACGAGCGCAUGCUGGAGCGGACCAAUACGCUGUUUAUGCAGCUGAAGGCGUACGAACUGCAUUUGAAGCACAGGGACCAAGAUCUCAUAGAGCGCGAGAAACAGUUGCCACACAAGCCUCGAAAAUGCGGAUUCCUGAGGCGCACCGGAGACAAGUCCAACCGAAGGAGACCAUUCAGUUUUCCCUCGAUGGCCGCGGCUCUCCCAGGCGCUCGAUGUGACGAUUCAACGACACCUAGCCCUACGGCGGCCGCUGCUGCUCCACCGGCAAAGGCGCUUCUCUACGCGCAGUUGUAUCCUGCAGGGAACCAGGGUGCCAAGUCGGUUGUGAUUACUGCUCCCCCUCCUGCUUACAGCACGCUAGCGCCUCCGGUCCAGCAACAGCAUCAGGAGCAGCAACAUCUACAGCAAUCCUCGACAGUGGCCACGUCAACGGUGCAACAGGCAGAACUGCGAUCCACAGUUCCUUCCUCCCCGUUGGCAGCGACGACAACCUCAUCUGGAAGGGUGAAAAAGUUGCGCCACCGGCGUGUCGGAUCGGGUACAAUAAACUGCAGUCCGAAAGCGAGCCCACACCGGGACAGGCGUGUGCAGAGUGAACCGGAAUCGCGCAAUGUCAAGCUGGUCGAUACGGAGACGCAAACGGAAGCGAUGGACAUCAGCGAGACGGACGCUAGCCCAAGUCCGAAUGCGGCCACCAAGCGCAUGUCGGCGAGCUUACGCGAAGAAGAAGCUGAAGCCAUAGAGACGCCAACGGAACAGCCGGUGAGUCGGCCCGACGUUGAUGAGCGACUCGCCGGGGAACGGAAUGUGGUCGCGGAUCUUCGUCCCGGUGCGUACCGUUGUAGCAGCAAACCCCAGUCGGAGGACGACGGAGAAGUGCCUGAGGAUGAGGAGAACGGUAACUCGAUCUCGAUCUCGACGAUGACGAACAGCCGGAGCAGCGACAUGAUGACGACGAGCGGCGGAACUGAGCAGAACUAUCGGUACCUUCGGCGACAGCAAAGCACGCAGCAGCAACAGCAACACGGAGAUCUCCAGGAGGAGGAAGGUGAUGGCGAUGUGGAGGAGUACGACGACGAGCGGGAGGGUUCCAGCCCGGAUCCAAUAAUGGACGCGAUGAACAGCAACGAACGGCUCGACCGGGUUUGCAGGGACGAAGACAAGAUCGAUACCCUUGACCGGAAGAUGAACAUCAUCUCGGAAAAGCUGCAGCAAAGCGCCGUGUAUGGGAAUCUCCUGAACGACAACAACGUCAUCGUGUAUCGGUGCGCCGUUGGGCCGGCUAUGCACCACCAGUCACCACCGUCAGUGAGACAGUCCCACGUAGAAUCCCGAGAGGCGGUCUUGCUGAAACAUCCGGCCGCAGGAAGCAACCUGAAGCCGGUGGGUGGUGGUGGUGGAGGUAUUGGAGCGUACAUGUACAGUGGCCCGCUGGCAAGUGGGUUGGAUUCGAGCGCACCCGUCGGUAGUGAUAGAGAGGAACAUGUCCACCACGGUCAUCAAAAGCAUCACCAUCAGCUUCAUCACGCUGCAAGCCGACAGCAAGAAGAAGAAAGCUGGACCGAUGAGGAAGGAGAGGAACCGGUCCAGAAGCAGUACUACGCGUUGCGUCGCAAGAGCAUCGGCCGUCUUCCAAUAAAGCGUGGUCGCCGUGGCAAGUUUUCUGGCGAUGGAGUUGGUGCUCCGGCAAUGAUUCCUUCCGGAACGACGUCCGAUAACGGCGAUCAGUUGGCGAUCGUACAUCGGAAGCUCCCGUCGAAUGUCACGAUCUCGGACGAGGAAAACACGUCCGAGUACAGCCAUGCACCGUCUAGCCAGCGGUCCACACUCGAGUCCAAUCCGGACCUGCCGUCGGUAGUGAUGAAGCAAGCUGCUGCCGGCCGGCGUAAGCAACCGCAGCAACAGCCAAAGCAACAGAUGCAUAAGAGCACCACGUCGGCCAAGGACACCGACGAUGACGACGACGAUGGCGAAGGCGAGGAUGACGAGGACAAUGACGAUCGCGUGCGGGAUUCGAGUGAUAGUAGCUCUGACGACGAACGGCGGGUUGAUCGACGCCCGGUGGCCGAUGUCGUCAAUGGUAACCGGGUGUAA